UAUGAUUUUUGGCUCCCCCUCCUUUUUCUGUACGAAAUUCGCUGCAACAAUUGCUAAAACUCCUCUUGCACCAAGAAACCCCAAGAAACCUUCACUCAGAAACCGGGCAAGGCAAGCCAGCUUGGUUCCACAGCACUGGACAAGAGGAGAACCAGGUAGAAGAAACCCCUGAACUUGCCCAAGGAGAAUGACCCCAGACUGGCACAGUUCCUUGAUCCUCACGGCCUACAUCCUCAUCUUUCUUACUGGGCUCCCUGCCAAUCUGCUGGCCCUACGGGCUUUCGUGGGCCGGGUUCGCCAGCCCCAGCCUGCCCCUGUGCACAUCCUCCUGCUUAAUCUGACCCUGGCAGACUUGCUUCUGUUGCUGCUGCUGCCCUUCCGGAUCGUGGAAGCAGCAUCCAACUUCCGCUGGUACCUACCAAAGAUCGUGUGCGCGCUCACUGGCUUCGGCUUCUACAGCAGCAUCUACUGCAGCACGUGGCUGCUGGCGGGCAUCAGCAUUGAACGCUAUCUGGGAGUGGCCUUCCCGGUACAGUACAAGCUAUCCCGCCGGCCACUGUAUGGAGUGAUCGCUGCUCUGGUGGCCUGGAUCAUGUCCUUCGGCCACUGCACCAUCGUCAUCAUCGUUCAGUACCUGAACUCAACCGAGCAGGUGGGCUCUGAGAAUCAAAUAACCUGUUACGAGAACUUCACCCAAGAGCAGCUGGAUGUGGUGCUGCCUGUGCGGCUGGAGCUGUGCCUGGUCCUCUUUUUCGUCCCCAUGGCAGUCACCAUCUUCUGUUAUUGGCGCUUCGUGUGGAUCAUGCUCACGCAGCCCCACGCUGGGGCUCAGAGGCGACGCAGGGCGGUGGGCCUGGCUGUGGUGACACUUCUUAAUUUCCUGGUGUGCUUUGGACCUUACAACAUGUCCCACCUGGUGGGGUUCUACCUGAGGCAGAGCCCCUCGUGGCGGGUGGAGGCUGUGGUGUUCAGCUCCCUCAAUGCCAGCCUGGAUCCACUGCUGUUCUACUUCUCCUCCUCUGUGGUGCGCAGAGCUUUUGGGAAAAGUUUGCUACUGCUCCGCCAUCCUGGCUCCUCUAUGCUGGGCAGAGGAGCCAAAGAGACAGUGGAGGGGACCAAGACAGACAGGGGUGGGAGUCAAGCAGAAGGGGUACAGAGUUCUGACUUUGUCACCGAGUGAGUAGAGAGCCCUUCGGAUCUUCCCGAGCAUCAGGGUCACCCAAAAGUUGGGCUCCAAAAGUUAGUAGAGCUUCUGAGACUUGGUAAAAGAUAAAAGAUUUAAAAAAAAAAAAAAGAAAGACACUCCUAUCCACCCAUCUGCCACUGCUCUCUCGGCUCAGCAGAGCCGCUUGACUGAAUUUCCCUGCCCAAAGAAGUAUAGCUCCAGGAUACGAGAAGAAAUGGCUAAGCCCUACACCCCUUUUCACCCCUGUGAAAAUACACUGUGUUUUCACAGUGGGGUCAGGGGCUCAGAAGCAAGGUGACUAACAGGACUGCAGUUAUAAAAGUUAUGAAGUUUUUCUUCAAGCUUGGAAACGCCACCUAGAGACAGUGGUCUGGCUGCUGAUACUGAGAAGAAGCCAAUGGAUAAGACUGGGGGGGAGAUGGUGGGAAGAAGAGGAAUGCCGGGAAAGCUCUAAGCCACGGGGGAGGCAGGGCUCCCAUCUCUCGUGAUCUUGGUCUUUCUAUAUCCGAUUGAGCUGUCCAUUGUACAUGUGCUCCGCUGAUGUUCAUAUUUUGGUCUUGUCUCUACCAUUUUGCUGGGAUCUGGGUCAAACAUUUAUCCUCAGUGUCACCGCACCGGGACUAGGAGGAGUUUGGUAGCUGUCUGUCUGACACUGACAAUGACCUGCAUGGAAGGAUUUAAAAAAAAAAUCUGGUUUGGCAGGUAAAAAUUAAAAUUAUGAAAGUCUGAA